GUGGCCCUGACCCCGGUCCUCUUAACACUACCCAGCUCCGGCGUCAUGGCCGGGAGUGGGGGACUGGCUUUGAGGACGCUGCCGGGGUCGGCCUGGGUGCGGAGCUCGGGCUCCGCGUUGCUGGGCCGCCUGAAGGAUGUAGCUGUGGUGCGUCCCGGAUUCCUGAGCAAGGACGAGGAGGACACGCUGAGCGGCGAGCUGGAACCCGAGCUUCGGCGUCGCCGCUACGAAUACGAUCACUGGGACGCGGCCAUCCACGGCUUUCGGGAAAUAGAGAAGUCCCGCUGGACAGAGGCCAGCCGGGUCAUCCUACAGCGCGUGCAAGUGGCUGCUUUUGGCCCUGGCCAAACUCUGCUGUCUCCAAUCCACGUGCUGGACCUGGAGCCUCGGGGCUACAUUAAGCCCCACGUGGACAGCGUCAAGUUCUGUGGAGCCACCAUCGCUGGCCUGUCCCUCCUGUCUCCAAGUGUCAUGCGGCUGGUACACACCCAGGAGCCAGGGCAGUGGCUGGAACUCUUGCUGGAGCCUGGCUCCCUCUAUAUCCUAAGGGACUCGGCCCGUUACGAUUUCUCCCAUGAGAUCCUCCGAGAUGAAGAAUCCUUUUUUGGGGAGCACCGGGUUCCCCGGGGUCGACGCAUCUCUGUGAUCUGCCGCUCUGUCCCUGAGGGGGUGGGACCAGGACAGCUACCCCCAGCCUGCUGACCCCCAGGCAGACCCUCAGCUUCUCCCAGAAGCCGGAUUUGUAAAUAAAGUUGGACAAGGCA